AAGGGUUUGAGGAUUAGAAGAGGAGGUGUAGCAUACUUUCAGUCAUUAGAAACAAAAGUUUAUGUUAAUGUAUGCAUGAAAUUUUGCUCUACUGAUUAAAUCAGUAUUCAUGUGAAUGCCACUUUAUAAAAGUAGACUCAUUACAUGCACAUGGAUCACUAACCGUGGAAAUCUAGAAGCAAGGAAGUUCUCUCUUCUCGCUCGUAACGUGGACAAAUUAUCUGUGCGAUCCUGUGCACGAAGAAGAUCUGGCAAGCAUGUAUCCCAUAACCAUUCAGUUGAUAGUUAUGUUGUUCGUUGUACAUUUUGCUCUGAGCAGACAAGUGGAGUAUAAGAAGACACAAAGCGACCCAGGAUUCAGUGUGAAAGAGCGAUCGAAUUCUAAAGAAGAAGGACAUUAUGUUCCAAAGCUAGGUGUGAGGUUACAGAAAACCCCAGCCAGUUUUCUAUCAGUAGGUCCUUUUGAUAGUGUAACUUUAGAAUGUGAAGCAGAGGGAAAUCCAUCACCAACAAUCUAUUGGCUUAAAAAUGGACGCCGAAUUCAUCAGGGAACAUGGGAAGAGUCGGAACUGAGCCAGGAUAUCAACACGAAUGAGAUGGUAACCAGGGGCGUCAGUCGAACACGUUCGCGACUCUAUCUUGACUGUGUAUCUCCUAAGGACGAAGGGAUUUUCUCGUGCAUUGCAGAGAAUCCGUAUCAACGGGUCAGUGGAGAAACGGAUCUGAAGCUUUCAGAAGAAGAAAGGGAAACCCGGAACGCUGUCUGUGUAGCUAAAAAAUCAUUUGGUACUCCGGCUAGAAUACACAUGUGGACUCGGACGAGAAUUGAAACCCAGGGUAAUGACAUCCAGUUGUUCUGCCGCGCCUCCGGAAAUCCUCAACCUCAGAUCAAUUGGAUACGUGGAGACGAUGAGAGCAAAAUAAUCAAAGACAGCGAAAAAUAUAAAAUUUUAGAAAACGGCGAUUUGGUAAUUCGCAAUCUCUCUUGGGGAGAUCUUGGUGGUUACACAUGUAUGGCCAAAAAUGUCAACGGAGCAGCCAAAACUUUCACCUUCGUCUAUCCAGCCAUGCCUGAAGAGAAGUAAGUUAUCCUGGCAAUGAAAAUUCCACAGAAGAAACGCCCAAUUUUCAUAGAUCUGCAGCAACUCCUGUCGAAGUUUUUGAAAAUAUAUUCCAUAAACAGGGGAAAAUAUUUCAAAACUUUUAGAAACUGAGUUAUGAUUAAUAUUGAAUUAUCUCUUUAAAUAUUUUGCCGUUGAUUGUCUUCUGUUGCUUUUUAUAUCUUUCUACAGCUUCGGAACUAUAAGGGGUUGUUCACAAUUGUAUAUUUGUGUUAUAUUUUAUUAUCAUCAUUAUGUUAAUGUAACUUUAAUUUUGGGCACGGGCCUUUAUUGUGAACUUAUUUAUUUCACACGUUUUUGCUAAAGAAUUAUGUAUCAAGUUUUAUUUAAAGCACUGUAGUUCUGUGACGUUGACGCCAUAACAAAGAUCAUACAAUAAAUCGGCAUUAUUCCGUUA